UUCUUCCACCUCUGGCUCUUGUGUCUCCAUACUUUAGGUCUGCACCUGGUGGAGCACUGCAGUACAAGUCAGACUUAUGGAAAAUGCGAGCCCUGUGGUUCUGGGAAGUACAGCAGUCACCCUAAUUACCAGUUAUCCUGUGAGCCCUGCACAUCCUGCUCACACCCCAACGGUAAUCUAGAGGUGGACGAACCCUGUACCCCUGCCGUUGACACAAAGUGUCGAUGUAAAAAGGAUCACUAUUGCAACAGUGGCACAGAAACCUGUAAACUCUGCCACCCCUGUAAAGAGUGUGGUGAUGAGGGCAUCAAAGUAGCCUGUACAUCUAACAAUAACACAGUCUGCAAUGAAAUUAAAGAGGUAAGUCAUGUAGGAGGCAUAAUAGCUGGCAUCCUUGUUGCAGUUGUAAUAAUUGCAGCAGCAGUGGCUGGUGUGUUGUGGAAAAGGAGAAAAUGGCAGAGAACGCAGUCCCCAAAAACAAAUGGCAAUGAAGCUGAUCUGGAGAUGCAAGGCCUUAGAGUGUUUUCAGAUGUGGAUCUCAAGCCUCACCUGUUGGACAUUGCAGACGUGAUUGGAUGGAAGGAUUUGCGGGGUGUAGCAAUGCGUAGCGGGAUACCAGAAUCCAUCAUUGAAUCUUGUCAACUGAACAACCCUCGUGAUUGUCAGGAGCAGACAUUUCAACUACUGAAUAUUUAUGUGGAGCGUCAGGGCAGGGAGGCCUCAAGCAGCUUGAUCCAAAAAUUGCUGACAGAUGGCAAAAAGGCCAAAGCGCAAAAGGUGAAAGAUAUUUUGUCUAAAGCAGCUAGAUCAAACAUUUCUGACUGAAUGUGUCUAUUGUGAGCACUUUUUAAAAUAAUUGCAGUGCUGUCUACUGUAUGAAAUAUUAUUUUAAAAGGUAUGAGUUGAGAUGUUUACACGAUAGGAUUUAACUAUAAAUACUGAUACUAAAUGCAGAAGUCUGUCAUUUGUGAGCUAUUAAUAGCUUGCCCAGCAAUAAAUAUCAGGGUAUUUAUAAUAACUGAAAGUGUCAUGUGGAGUUUUACUCCUAUGUUGUGAGAUUGUCACUGGUCUUGUUUUUAAUCCCCUGAUGUUGGUAGAUGCUGGAUUUUUUUUUACAGUUCAGCUGUCCUUCCUAAUUUUCAAACCAGAUGUCUUCAUUUAGGUAAAUUCGCAUUUUAAAUUUUUUAUUGUUUUAUUUGUUUAUUGUUCCCUUUUUACUGCCAUUUUCCCAGGCUUGUUGCAGUUCCACAAAAUAUAUUUUUGUACACAAUAAGUAUAACUGGGUUAAAUCCAGUGAUUUUUAAUGUUCUUUCUGAAAUAGAGUCCGAAUAACUUCUUUGUAAGUACUUAUGGUAUUUUCCCAUAUUCCUAUUUUGUUUCAAAGUAAUAUUGCUGCACAACAUAAAUGUUUUAUAAAUUAAAUUAUUAAGUAUCCAGUUGUUGAAAGAAAAAUCUGUUUCAUGGAAAUUGAUAUUUAAUAAGUCUGUGGUUGAAUAUUAAAUUUUUGUAUUUUAGAAAUAAAUAAAUUGAAUUCUGAGGUGACAUUUAAUGGAUUUAUAGUGGUAAAAACAUUGUGAGAAUGUGAAUUUUACACAAUUAACAUAUUUCAGCAAUAUCUGUGUUUAAAGCAGAAAACUGAAGAACCUGGCGAACUUACCCAAAUAUUGAUUAUAUAUUAAUAUUCAUUAAAGUUCAUGAAGACUACAAGCGUCUUGAAAAUUGUGAUCAUUAUCUCACCAUCAGCGACAAAUUUACAAGACUGCUGAGAUGUUUCUGGUGACUUACACACAUUCCUGUUUGUUGAGUCUUUAGUCAUUACUGGCAACUGUAAAAAACAAUUUUUUUAAAUCUGUGGUGUGUUCCAAAAAGGGGAUUUCCUCCAAAAGUAGCAGUCUGUGUCAAUAUUUGCAAGAUCCUUCUGUAAUAUCUGUCAACUGAUGUGUUGUAAAGGGUCAGUUGACCCAAAGUACCCAAUGCAGAUACUUAAAUUUUGGUUAAAUUUGUCCAGAUUUUGUCUCUGAGAUUUCUGGCUCUACCCCAAUACAACGGAGGAGAAUGUAAAUUUGUUUGGGUUGCUCUGUGUCAAAACUUAGGACAAAAGUACAUGUAUUUAUAAUUUAUAUCCUUUUUCCUCAUUUUUAUUUUUUGCAGCCUUAAUGAGUAUGCCAGUAAAUUUCACUACACAUAUUGCUUGUGUAUGCAACAAAUAAAAUCUUUGAGUGACCCUUUAA